AUGCUCCUCAAACUUGUUGUAUACCUACUGAUAUCAACAUGUACAUCCCAGUUGUUACCACGCUUCGAGGUGAGCGACCAGGAGCUGAAGGCGGUCGUAAAUAAGAUGAGAGAAGUCGAUGAGAAUAAGGCCAGGGGCAAUCAGAUACGACUCAACUACCAAGGACAUACGGGAUCAGCUGAUGUGUCUGAUCGAGCUGAUAAAAAGUGAGUAUUUGUCAUUGUAAUAUACAAUUUUAACAAAGAUGCUUUCUGAAAUCAACAAUUAUCUUCACCUUAUCAACAUCAAUAUAAUUUCAGAUUAUUUGAGCAAAUCGACUCGUCGUUACUCAGAAAACCAACAUACGAAGCUCUUAUUGAUCUGUUGGACAACUACAACAUGGACACGGGUGUAGCUGAACGAGAAUCUACUCAGGUACUGUAACAUUACAUAGUAAAUAGCUUUUACAGGCGAAUGCAGAAAUCGACAACUUCUUGGACUUGAUAUUGGCUACUCCAGUCUGGAGCACCUUGGGGCCGUUUCUGAAAAGCAAAGGUAAGACAAUUGAUUUCGGAUAUUAUUUAACUUCAUUUCACGGUUACUGUAUGUUCAUUACGUCAACAAUCUACAAGUAUACCUUCUUUUAGGCCACCCGUUUGCCAUAGACAAAGCCACGAUGAGAAAGUGGCUGAAGCAGCUCUGGUUCGACAAUUACUCUAGAGCCAGAGGGCAACCUGACACGUCUGGCUUCGAGCACGUCUUCGUAGGCGAGGCCAAGAACGGUGAGAUCUCGGGAAUGCACAACUGGAUCAGGUUCUACACUUUGGAAAGAAACGCUUCGGCCGGCUUCGACUAUCGUGGAUUCCUGGUGAAGCGAGGGGUACUGUAACCAUUUUUAGAUUUUUUUGAGUUUGGUCAGAAAGUGCAUAGAACUGUCUGACCAACCUUAUCAAUAGCUGUAUUAGUAAACGUUGGUGAUUUCAGAAUGUAAUGGCAGCUGUCAAGUUCCAUUGGAACAAGUUGGUUAAGCGGGCUGGUUCUCUUCUCAUUGGUACUAGUCCAGAGUUUGACUUUGGAUUGUAUACUCUGUGUUUCUUAAGCAGAAGAUCUAGCAGGACUUGUGACGUAAGUUAAGUUUUCAACUUAGCAUAACAAGUGAGUAUCCAAAUAACUAUGUUAAUAUUUGCAGGUAGAGCUAGAUGGAUGUCCCAUGAGUGUAACCAGCUACGAUAUAGUGCAGAAUCGCAAAGUAUUCAUCGGCUCCAUCUUCCCGAGCGCUGGGCGGAUGACAGAUCAAUGUAGGCAACGGAAUCGAGCAUAG